AUGAACAGUUUCAAUGACAGUUUAGGAGGGAGCUUCAUUUUGGUUGGCUUUUCAGAUUGGCCUCAGUUGGAGCUUGUUCUUUUUCUCUUUAUUUCAAUUUUCUACUCUCUGACUCUCUUUGGCAACACCACCAUCAUUGCUCUUUCCCGAAUGGACGUUCGACUGCACACUCCCAUGUACUUCUUCCUCUCCCACCUCUCCUUCCUGGACCUCUGCUACACCACCAGCACUGUGCCCCAGCUCCUGAUCAACCUCCAUGGACUUGACAAGACCAUCAGCUAUGGUGGGUGUGUGGCCCAGCUGUUCAUAUCUCUUGCUCUGGGCUCCACUGAGUGUGUGCUCCUGGUGGUAAUGGCCUUCGACCGCUAUGCUGCUGUGUGUCGUCCCCUGCAUUACACAAUCAUCAUGCACCCCCUUCUCUGCCAGGGAUUGGCCAUUGCUUCAUGGGUAGGAGGCUUCUUAAACUCUCUGAUCCAGACAAGUCUCAUGAUGGCCAUGCCACUCUGUGGACACCAACUGAAUCACUUCUUCUGUGAGAUGCCGGUUCUCCUCAAGUUGGCCUGUGAGGACACGGGAGGAACAGAGGCCAAGAUGUUUGUGGCCAGGGCUAUAAUCUUGGUUUUCCCUGCGGCACUGAUUCUAGGCUCCUAUGCACAGAUUGCCAGGGCAGUGCUGAAGAUCAAGUCAAUGGCUGGACGCAGAAAAGCUUUUGGAACUUGUGGAUCCCACCUUCUGGUGGUCUCCCUGUUUUAUGGCUCAGCCAUUUAUACAUACUUACAACCCAAGGGCAGCUAUUCUGAGAGUGAGGGGAAGUUUGUUGCCCUUUUCUAUACCAUCAUCACCCCCAUGCUCAACCCUCUGAUUUAUACCCUGAGGAACAAGGACGUAAAGGGGGCUCUGUGGAAGGUGCUAGGGAGAGCCACAGACUUGAGCUAG